AUGUCUGGAGACAAACUCUUGAAUGAGCUGGGCUACAAGCUGGGCCGCACCAUCGGGGAGGGGAGCUACUCCAAGGUUAAGGUGGCCACCUCCAAGAAGUACAAGGGCACGGUGGCCAUCAAGGUGGUGGACCGGCGGCGGGCCCCCCCGGACUUUGUCAACAAGUUCCUGCCCCGGGAGCUCUCCAUCCUGCGCGGCAUCCGCCACCCGCACAUCGUGCACGUCUUCGAGUUCAUCGAAGUGUGCAACGGGAAGCUGUACAUCGUCAUGGAGGCUGCUGGCACCGACCUACUGCAGGUGGUGCAGCGCAGUGGGCACAUCCCGUGCGCCCAAGCGCGCGAGCUUUUUGGCCAAAUAGUGGGCGCUGUGCGCUACCUGCAUGACCACCACCUGGUGCACCGCGACCUCAAAUGCGAGAACGUGCUGCUGAGCCCCGACGAGCGGCGCAUCAAGCUCACGGACUUCGGCUUUGGCCGCCAGGCGCACGGCUACCCGGAUCUCAGCACCACCUACUGCGGCUCUGCCGCCUACGCGUCUCCCGAGGUGCUCCUGGGCAUCCCCUACGACCCCAAGAAGUACGACGUUUGGAGCCUGGGCGUCGUGCUCUACGUCAUGGUCACCGGCUGCAUGCCCUUCGACGACUCGGACAUCGCGGGCCUGCCCCGCCGCCAGAAGCGCGGCGUCCUCUACCCCGACGGCCUCGAGCUGGCCGAGCGCUGCAAAGCGCUCAUCGCAGAGCUGCUGCAGUUCAGCCCGUCCGCGCGACCCUCCGCUGGUCAGGUCGCCCGCAACAGCUGGCUGCGCGGCGAGGCUUGCUAG